CCAGUAUUUGGGUUUGCGGAAGGAAGAUGAAGACGAUGAUGCGUGGGCGGUUGUUGGCGCUGCUGCUGCUGGUGCUGCUGCUGGUACUGCUGGGCGGUGGACGUGGAUGUGUUGGGGGUGAUGCGAAGCACUUUCCUCCUCUUUCAGAUCGGCCCAUCCUCUUUAACCAAGAGCUUGAAGAGAUUGCAAGCCUGUCGGAAGAUGACGCAAAACUGCACUUGAUGAACCUCGUGGCCAGCAUGGACACAGGCCUGGAUCAUGAAGGCGAGCCUGUGGGCGGCGGUGGCGACGGCGCUAUCGCACCGGGAGAGCUGGCAAUCCGCCUCGUGCGCGUCGAGUACGACAGACACAGCUUGGAUGCAGUGUAUCACGUGCUGGAAACGGACACGGACGACGACGGUCUCCUGUCAUGGGAGGAAGUGGCAAAGGUGGCGCCAAAGUACGGGUUGUCGGAGGAUGUGGCAAGGGCGCGUUUCCAGCGAGCUGAUAAGGCGGUCGCACUGUGCAAAGAAGUGGACACCACGCUACAACACAUUCAAACCACCCUACACCAGCACGACGUGCCAUGUACAAGCAUUGCAGACAGACAGCAUGACACCGUACGUUCAGCAGAUCGACGCAACAACAGCAACAAUGGCACUGCUCACAACCGAACGCAUGGGAAGAAGACACCAGAAGCAGGUGCAGUGGUCACGGUUGAUCUGUCAUCGAUCCAGCGCAUGAUGGCCGCCUUUGGGUGCAGUCAGGCGGAAAGAGCGCGCACACUCAGCACACAAGCGCAAAGCUCUCACCCAGAGGAAACGGCUGUGCUCUUGCCUGAAACCAAUCUCAGCAAGAAGAGCAACCCCGCAGCGCUUCACUCAACUCCACCUCCACAGCGGCGCCGUGCGCGUGUGCGCCGAAAUGAUGAGCCAGUCGUGCAGGCGGGCCAGUGCACUCUGCAGAGUGUGAUCGAUGGCUCGUGCCCCGGCGCAAACGGGGAAAGCCUCGUUCUGACUCUAUUCGAGAGCGAUCCCGCUCGUGUGAAUGACAGUACCGACGCGAGCACGCUCCUCAGAAUUUCUCCCUCAGUUCGCGCGUUGACGCUCAGUGGCCAUGUUGAACACGCUGCUGUCCAGUGGAUCCUGGGCAAUGGCAACUGGACGGCGUGCACAACGGUAUUCUGUGAAGGCGUUCAGUUUGCCACCUUUGAGCUGAGCGUGCUCAACCCUAUGUCUCGCCUCGGCACAAUCUGGAUCCGCAACAGCGUGCUGCUGCGUGAGGUUGCUGUGGUAGGGUUUCUUCACGGACAAGGCAUCACCACGUUCCGGGUGGAGAAUUGCUCGUUGACAAACGUCCCAGAACUAUCCGCCAUGGCAUCCCUGACGCUCCUCAGCGUGGACCAAAACCGCAUCGGCCACGUGUCUCGCGACGACUUGACAGGGCUGGCAUCCUUACAGCAGUUGGGCCUGGCCCAGAACAUCAUUUGCCAUGUUGAAUCAGGCGCGUUCCAGGACCUCACACAGUUGCGCCAGUUGUUUAUGGGCAACAACGAUAUCAGCACUCUCCCUUCUGGGCUGCUGCACCGGCUUUCGCGCCUUACAACAUUGCACCUUCACAGGAAUCCAAUCAGGAGGCUGCGACCGGGCGUAUUCUCCGCCCUCACAGCGCUUGAGACCCUUGUCCUUGAAAACACGCUCCUCACCAGCUUGCCACCGACAUUGUUUGGGAACUCGACCCGCCUGAACUUAUUGGCAUUGUCCGGUAAUUUGAUCACAUCCCUUCCAGAGGCCAUCUUUUCUGGCCUGUCGGUAUUGGAGCGGCUGUUGCUCUUCAGCAACCGACUGACAUCGCUACCACGGGGCGUGUUCCGUGACCUGAAGGCACUGAGAAUGUUGGACCUAUUCGACAACCAGCUUCGUUCUUUACCUAAUGGCCUCCUUCAGUGCAACACGCGUCUCAUUUCUUUCUUCUGCAAAGACAAUCGCCUGACCGCCCUUCCCUCAAACCUUUUUAUCAACAGCAACUCGCUGGAACACAUUUCGUUUGCCAACAACGCCCUGCGCUCCAUCGACAACGUUCUUGGGGCUGCUCCCCUGCCAUCUUUGGGCGCCCUUGACUUGGAUGAUAACCAGAUUACGAGCUUGAACCUUUCCACCACAGCCCCGUCCCUCUGGCAAGUGUCCAUGAGCGGCAAUCCGGUGGAGGAGCUGCCAGACAUCAGCAUGACGCCUGCACUGCACACAUUCCGACUGCAGGGCCAUCAUGUCAACCACAUCAACCUGGCCGCAUUUCUUGCCCUUUCCAACCUAGUGGUUCUGGAGCUCGAUGCAUCUGAGCAAGCAAAAUCAAGGGCAGUACUGACCGAAACGAACAUCGCCAGCGUAGCGCCGCUGUCAGCACUGAGGAUUGAAAACGUGGACAUCAGUGCCGUGGUGCCGUUAAUCGAGCGGCUUCCGACCCUCAACCUCCAUGUGCUGCACGUGGGUUGGUCGGGCGCCACGAUUGACACGCUUCCAAUCAGUGCAUUGUGCAAACUGCUUGCACGCGACGUACGUGAGCUCCGCAUUGUCAGCACGGACUAUAGAACCAUCGAGCUGUGUCCUGGGAAGACGUUCGAGACGCUUGUUUUGACUAACAACAAGUAUCUCCAAUCUCUCACUGUCCACAACCCGCUGCGUGAACUCAACGCAUCAGGCUGCUGGCAACUGGCCUCCAUCGACGCGCCUCCAAUCGACAUCCUGGACAUCAGCAACACCCGGUUUCCACCAACUGCUGCGCUGUGUACGCGAUGGGGACGUCGGGUCCUUUUCGCCCGAAACUUAGCUGGGCUUGCUGACACGCAACAUGCUGCAACCAUGAUGCGAAACUGUGUGAAUGAAGUGGAUGUGCUGGACCUUUCUGGCAACACGUGGUUGGGCCAGCUGGCUGAGAUCAACCGUGUUGCAGAGAGAAGAGUUGCCCUUUCGGACGCGGAAUUUCGAACAGCUGACCUCGUUGUCAUACCAAACCGCCCCAUUCCUCCCAUUCUACAGCUGACCAAUGCUCCCAUUGAAUGCGCGCUUCAGCUGUCAAAUCAGGACUUGCGACCACUACGCGACCUCUCCACGUUGACACCACACGUUGUGUUCUCCUUCCACUGCACAUGCGCGCGUGGCUUCAAGGCGGCUGCCACUGGGCGGUGCGUGGGGGCCAACCCCGAUGUUGCUGGCAUUGCUGCUGGCUCUGUCAUUGGCGGCCUUGCCCUUGGCUUGCUCAUGGCGUGGCUGUCACGCCGCUACCGUGGCCUGACCAAGCGCAUCGGCCUGCAGGAGCAACUGCUUGUGGAACGGGACGAGGAGGUGAUGGCGCUGAAGAAGGCGUGGGAGAUUGAGUACGAUGAGCUGAGGAUGAUCAAGCGUGUGGCUGCGGGUGCGUUUGGCGUGGUGUUCAAGGCAGAGUGGGACACGGUGACAGUGGCAGUGAAAGUGCUGCAGCAAGGGGUGAUGAUGUUUGACGAGAGCACGGUGCUUGAGUUUGAGAAGGAGGUGGAGUUUCUGCAGCGGACACGGCAUCCGAAUGUGGUGCGGUUCUUUGGCGCGGGCACGGAUCCCAACGGCAGCCCGUUCCUGGUGCUGGAGUUUGUUGCUCUGGGGUCACUGAAAGACUUGUUGGGGAAGGAUAUGGAACAGGUGUUGAGGGAGGUGAGGAACAAGGAUGUUGAGAAAAGCAGCAACGGCAGUGUCGGUGAUGAUGUGAAUAGUGUGUGGGACUUGAAGCUGCGACUACUGCGUGAUGUUGCCAGUGGGAUGGCCUUCAUCCACAGCCUCGACCAGAUGCACCGAGACCUGAAGAGCGGCAACGUGCUGGUUUCGUCGUCCCUUCGCGCGAAGAUCACGGAUUUCGGAUCCAUUCGCCAGUGCUUCACGCGUGACAGGAACCAGCACAAGCAGCGCACCCGCCUGUCAUCCACCCAUGAUGUUGAUGAUCCGCAAUACAGCCCGCAAGCUGGACUGCAGACGAUGACGAGCAUGACGCUGACGGCUGGCGUGGGCACGCCGCUGUACAUGGCACCAGAGGCAUUGACGGGCGACAAGUACAGCUUUGAAGCCGACAUCUUCAGCUUUGGGGUGCUGAUGUGGGAGGUCACGACCCAGCGUGUGCCGGACUUGAUUGAGCAGGAGAAGGGGAGCGGGUAUCGGGGCCCGAUCCUCGCCACCAUCAGCAACUUAAUGGCAGAUGGGAAGCGGCUUCGGUUCGAGGAUGGUGAACAAGAUGCCAUCCCCGAGUGGUUCCAGUCGCUGACGUACAAGUGCAUGGCGCAAGACCCGCGUGAGCGCCCGUCGUUUGGAGAACUCAAGGACCACCACUUUGCUUAG